AUGAAGUUCACUUUUUCGUGCCGGUGCUUGGCACUGUUUGUUCUUCUGAAUCACCCAAGUCCAAUUCUUCCUGCCUCUUCAAAUCUUACCUAUCCAACAAUUGAGCCCGAGCCAUUUCUGUAUGUGAUAGGACGCAAGAAAUUGAUGGAUGCCCAGUACAAAUGCUAUGAACGAAUGCAGCAGUUACCUCCAUAUCAAGGAGAAGGUCCAUACUGCAACCGUACCUGGGAUGGAUGGAUGUGCUGGGAUGACACUCCUGCUGGAGUCCUGUCCUUCCAGUUAUGCCCAGAUUACUUUCCAGACUUUGACCCAAUGGAAAAAGUUACAAAAUACUGUGAUGAGAGUGGGGUUUGGUUUAAACAUCCUGAGAACAAUCGAACCUGGUCCAACUAUACCUUGUGUAACGCAUUCACUCCUGAGAAACUGCAGAAUGCAUAUGUUCUGUACUAUUUGGCUAUCGUGGGUCACUCUAUGUCAAUUUUCACUUUGGUGAUUUCCCUGGGGAUUUUUGUGUUUUUCAGGAGCCUUGGCUGUCAGAGGGUUACGCUGCACAAGAACAUGUUUCUUACUUACAUUCUGAAUUCUAUUAUCAUCAUCAUCCACCUGGUUGAAGUCGUGCCCAAUGGAGAACUGGUGCGCAGGGAUCCGUUGAUCUGCAAGAUUUUGCACUUCUUCCACCAGUACAUGAUGGCCUGCAAUUAUUUCUGGAUGCUCUGCGAAGGAAUCUAUCUCCAUACCCUCAUUGUGGUGGCCGUGUUCACUGAGGCACAGCGCCUGCGCUGGUAUUACCUGCUGGGCUGGGGAUUCCCUCUGGUGCCAACCACUAUCCAUGCCAUUACUCGAGCUGUGUACUACAAUGACAACUGCUGGCUGAGUGUAGAAACCCAUCUGCUCUACAUCAUCCAUGGCCCUGUCAUGGCAGCACUGGUGGUCAAUUUCUUCUUUCUGCUCAACAUUGUCCGGGUGCUUGUGACCAAGAUGAGGGAGACCCAUGAGGCAGAAUCAUAUAUGUACCUGAAGGCUGUGAAGGCCACCAUGAUCCUUGUGCCCCUGCUGGGAAUCCAGUUUGUCGUCUUUCCCUGGAGGCCCUCCAACAAGGUGCUUGGGAAGAUAUAUGAUUACCUCAUGCACUCUCUGAUUCAUUUCCAGGGAUUCUUUGUGGCGACUAUCUACUGCUUCUGCAACCAUGAGGUCCAAUCCACCGUGAAGCGCCAAUGGGCGCAAUUUAAAAUCCAAUGGAAACGCUGGGGAAGACGCCCCGCCAACCGUGCGGUGCUCGCUGCACCUCUGCUGAGGCGGGUUGACAUCCCCAUCUACAUCUGCCACCAGGAGCCAAGGAAUGAUCCAGCCAACAACCAAGGCGAGGAGGGUGCUGAGAUCAUCCCUAUGAAUAUCAUCGAGCAAGAGUCAUCCGCUUGA